CAUUCGCAACAUCCACAUUCCAAACCUCCCUUCCGCUUUCACUCUCCCUAUUUUUUCUUUUCGAGGUCGUUCGUACCUGUGUUUCACACGCGAACCUCAUGUAGAAGUUUGCUCCUACAUUUAUCUCGGAUACUUUUAUUCCGUCCACUCACUUCCGCAACUUCGCAACUCCGACAUUGCUGUUGGCGCAACUCACAGGACAAAAUGCUCCCACGGUUAGCGCUGUUCUUUUUGGUCGCCUUCCUGGCGCUGAUCGUUGUUGGUGCAGAGGACUACUACAAGCUACUUGGCCUGAAGAAAGAUGCCUCGGAGCGCGAGAUCAAGAAAGCCUAUCGAACCCUCAGCAAGAAGUACCACCCAGACAAGAACCCUGGCGACGAUGAGGCAAGUGGGAAGUUUGUCGAGAUAGCUGAAGCCUACGAGGUCCUCAGCAAGAAAGAGACACGUAAGAUCUACGAUCAGUACGGCCACGAUGGCAUCAAGCAGCAUAAGGAAGGCGGUGGUCCACGCCAGCACGAUCCCUUCGACCUCUUCUCACGCUUCUUCGGCGGCUCAGGACACUUUGGACACCAGGGCGGAGAACGACGAGGACCGAACAUGGAAGUACGGGUCGCACUGCCCCUGCGCGACUUCUACAACGGCCGAAAGACGGAGUUUACAAUCGAGAAGCAAGCGAUUUGCUCGGCCUGCGAGGGUUCAGGCUCGGAAGAUGGACACGUGGAGACUUGCGGUACAUGCGGUGGACGCGGAAUCAGGAUACAACGACAACAACUCGCCCCCGGCCUGUUCCAGCAAGUGCAGGUACAUUGCGACCAAUGUCACGGCAAAGGAAAGACGAUCAAGAAGCCCUGCCCCGUCUGCCACGGUAGUAGAGUUAUCCGCGAAGCCGAAUCACACGAUCUCGAGAUUGAGAAGGGCAUGCCAAAGGGCGUACGCAUCACCUACGAGAACGAAGCAGACGAAAGCCCCGAUUACGUCGCUGGCGACCUCAUUGUACACCUUGUCGAGGCCGAACCUGCUAUGGGAGAACAGAACCACGAGCGCACAGAUGGAACCUUCUUCAGGAGACGGGGCAAAGAUCUCUUCUGGCGCGAAGUUCUUUCUCUCCGCGAGGCAUGGAUGGGCGGGUGGACACGCAACAUCACCCACCUGGACGGCCACAUUGUUCAGCUCUCCCGCAAACGUGGCGAAGUCGUUCAGCCUAACCUCGUUGAAAUCGUCAAAGAAGAGGGUAUGCCAGUAUGGGCCCAGCACCUCGAAACUCACGAGGGUCUACAAUACGGUGACCUGCAUGUCGAGUACGUAGUCGUACUCCCUGACCAAAUGGAGAAGAGCAUGGAGAAGGAGUUCUGGAGCGUAUGGGAGAAGUACCGCGCCAAGAAGGGCGUUAGCAUCGAUGCUGAGCUCGGUAGGCCAACGGAACCUAUCAAGAUGCCUGAGCCGGAUGCGCACGACGAGUUGUAGGACAUGAUUCGGAAGUGGAUGUCCUCAGUGUAUGCAUAGCGCAUAGAGCAUGCGUGGAAGAGGAUGCUGGGAUGAAGCGUUAUGUUCAGUGCUUGUAUGAAUUGAGCGUGGUAUACCCGGUGAUGAUGCGGAGUUGGGGAGUCGGUUAUGGCUUUGCUGCCGCGGUGCUUUGUCAUAUAGAGUUUUUUGUUAUAUACACAUACUAGAACAAUGGAUUCGUAUACUAUG